GUCAUUGUUAAUUGAUAUAAAUGUAAAUAUCUAAAAAUUGAAAUGUUUUCUGUUCAUCAGAGGAUUUUUGUACAAGUACUAUUUACAAUUUCAAUAGGAAUUGUAUCGUUCAUUGGUGAUAGAUUAUUACAACAAAAAAGUGAAAUUAUACGUGCAGUUUCUGAUAAUUUGACUCAUGCAACUGUCGGCGGACUCACAUGGUCAUUAAUAUUAAUAUUAUCCAAAAAGGCAAUUUUGAAGAAUAUUUCGAAAAUAUUUCUGUGUUUUUUCAUUGCGUCAUUUGUUGACGUUGAUCAUUUUUUGAUUGCAAAUAGUUGGAGGUUACACGAUGCCACGCAUUUACAGAAACGAGGAUUUCUUCAUUGUUCAACGUUACCAAUUAUGACGUGGCUUUUUCUUCUAAUUUAUUCAAAAAUGCUGAAUCAACCAAACAUUAGUGAUUAUGCGUGGAUAAUUUUAACCAGUUUUCUCAGUCAUCACAUAAGGGAUGCCAAUAGAAGAGGACUAUGGUUUUGUCCCUUUGGAUCGACGCGUCCAAUUCCUUACCAUUUUUACUUAAUAUUAAGUAUGAUAUUUCCUUAUUUGGAAUAUUUUUCCAUGUCAUUAUUGGACAUGGGAAUCGAAAAAGGACUUUACAACGCUCCUUAUGUCGUUUAAAGAGAAAUUUUCUUUAAUCACACUUUUUUGUAUAUAAAAUGGGUAAUUUUUGGAAAAUUUUCUGAAAACUUUAUUUUAUGGAAAAGAAACAAUUUUUGUAGUUCAAAUUUAAGUGGAGACUUCGACUAAAUUUUUAACUAUAUCGAGAAAAUUAUUUCAAUCUCCGUAAAACUGUUUUUAUAAUAAUUUUUUGAGAGGAAAUCAAUAGUCAGAAUAUAUUCUGACCCUUUUUGGAUUUUUAUUUUUCUUAAAAAUUGAUAGAUUCUGAAAUCCAUCCGUAAUUUUGUAGAAAAU